GUGUGUGUGUGUGUGUGUGUGUGUGUGUGUGUGUGUGUGUGCGCACGUGCGCACGCUCUGCAGCUUUCUGCAGUCAGGUGUUGGUGUGGUUGAGAAACGUUAAACAACGGAAACACACACAUAUAUACUGCGUCUACUGCAGUGUUUGCAAUGCAGUUGCAAUGCCUGCGUCUCUACAUGUGUGUGUGUCUCUUUUCAUUUCUCUGUGCGCAUGUGUGUGUGUGUUCUCUUGUUUGCUUUUUUGAACGAUUACACACCAAGUUAGAUCAAACUAUGACACCGAGAGAGGAAGGAAAGGUGCUAGCGCUGAUGGCUGCUCUUCGACUUGGCCUUUUCUGGACGCCUACACACAUUAUGACACUCCGACGUCACUUCCACAGCGCUAUUUAUAAGCCUUUGUGUCUUUUUAGGAACAGCGUGGGCUUGCAUUGCAUCAGUGACUCACUGAGUGGAAGGAGGAGGGAGGGAGGGAGGGAGGGAGGGAGGAAGGGGUGGAAAAGGCAAAAAGCACAGAUGGAUUCCAGUGUGAAGAAACUAACUGAACAAUCAAUGACAUUUACAUUCGCACGUCAGGCAUGUACUUGACAACUUAAUGAGUCCUUUCUGUACAACAAGUAUAUUGUGUAUAGUUGCGCUUAGCAGCCAAAAUGUUACAUCUUAUUGUACACAAAACUAACUUAUGGUAAGAGGGAGAUGUCAGGCUGUAGGUUUACUUGUCAUCCGUACCAUCAUUGAGUUUAUGGAUUUUAUAAAUGGAUAAUAUUUGAUAACAAAACUAAUUGGUUUUUCUCUCUUUUGUUUUGGUGCAGGUCUUUGCGUGAGAAAACUGGAUGACUCUUGAAGCUAAAGAAAGAGGAUCUACAAGCACUUUCCCCGAAAGAAAAAUCACUCAAGGAUUCUUCUGUCUUUAGAUGAAUUGGACAGAAAAACAACGCACAGCAACAUUAGUGUUUACAAAAUGGCAAAAGGAGAGAAACAUUUCUGAUGUUAUCCACUAAAGCUCCUCUUUUAUUUCCACUUCCUGAUUCCUGUUUCCAGCCUGGCUUUACAAUCAGUCUAUUUCAGCAAUGGACGGAUACUUCCUGUUUCUGUGAACUUCUCGGCAGCCUUCAAAGGUUCAGCUAUCAUGCCUGGUAGUUUUGGGACCUUGUAACCCUCCAGAACCCACCUUCCCAACUCCCCCACCACCCCUCUCCCUCUUCUAAUCCACGGAAGAGUGUCACGAAAAUGGAGGCUCGUGAAUCAGCUGGCGCCGGCCAGAGAUGCUCAAACAAGGAAACAGUGAAGGAGAAGGCGUCUCUGCAAAGAAAGUGGGCGUCCGAGUCCUCUGCUACCACCAAACGAAGCACUUUUGCUGACCCAGAGGCAAGACAACGUGAGAGUUUGCCUUGUGGUGCCACGGGGGGAUCAGCACCCCAGCAGAAGUACGCAAUUACAGGGAAUUCUGGGAAGCUGCUAUCUGGACCUUCUGCAGUUGGGGCCAUGGGAGGCCCGCCAUCUCAAGACCCGCAAGGGCACUUUGCUCAGGGGUUCCCAAGGGGAUACUCCUACCAGCUCGGCCAGCCGUACCCUCAGCACCCCCAAACUGAGCGCUUCCUCUCAGGAGCCAAACCCCAGCCGGGUCUAGAGCCUCAUGCCUGGCCAUUUGCAGGCCAGUUGCCCUCGGAUGACCUGUACCCGGUAGGACACCCAGGACACGCUCAUCCUCAUGGGGCUGGGGCAGGGAGGUUUCCCCGCCAGAAAUCUCCCAGUUUACCCAGCUCCUUCGGUCAGUAUUCUCAGUCAGGCCCUGAGCCUGGAGAGGAGGGCUACAGCAAAAAAGAGCAGAAGCCGAAGAAGCCCGGUAAGUACAUCUGUCACUACUGUGGUCGAGCUUGCGCCAAGCCCAGCGUUUUGAAGAAGCACAUCCGCUCACAUACUGGAGAGAGGCCAUAUCCUUGCGUACCCUGCGGCUUUUCCUUCAAAACCAAGAGCAACCUUUACAAGCAUCGCAAGUCCCAUGCUCAUGCCAUCAAGGCUGGACUCGUACCUUUUUCAGAGCUAGCCGUGGCCCGCAGUGGGGACAUGGACCAGGCCUCCCCAGUGGGCGAGGCCGAGGUCCACUCAGAUGGAGAGCAGAGUACCGAUACAGAUGAGGAAGGUCUGGAGGGCUCCACCAUGCUGACGGACAAAAUCAGCCCCAUACCGCAGAUCCCCUUUGAAGCUGACAAGAAUACAGGUGGUGUGGAACCAGCAUAUGCAGACUCAGCUGAAGAGCUCCUGGUGGGGUCUAUCAAAGUGCCUAUCCUUAUUGUCCCCAAGCUUGGGGGAGUCCCCUCCACAGGGAUGGAGUGCCCACCCUUUCAGGACAUAAAGGGGUCACACCACAUGUUGGCAUCACACGCUGGAAGAGCGCAUUCACUGGAUGACUCCCCUACCAUCAAACAACGUUUGGCCCUGAGGCUGAAUGAGAAAAAGGGUCAGGACUCUGAAUCUGCCAUGUCCCAGUCCUUGAACCUCCUCAGUCCUCACAGCAAAGGCAGCACAGACUCUGGCUACUUUUCACGCUCUGAGAGUGCAGAGCAGCAGAUCAGCCCACCAAAUACUAAUGUCAAGACGUACGAAGAGAUUAUGUUUGGUCGGACUUGGUACUACCGACCCAACUCCAGAUCAAGACAGUCUAUCACAGUGGGCAUGGCAGGUGCAGACCCCAGCUUAGCUAGCUUAAAGCAACCAGGUGCUAUUCUGGACAUGGGGAAGAUAGCGGAGGAUCAUAUCUGUUUCAGAGGUGAUGUAGGAGUCUCUGGAGAUCCCAAGCAGUAUCCAACAGGACCCUGUCAAAGCAAUACAGGGCUUCUGGAGCCACCAUCAGAUUCUGGGACAUAUGCUAGGAGUAACUCCAUGCCAAACUCCUCCCCACCUAACCUUAGUGUCCCCCCUGCGAUUCGAGGCAGUCACUCCUUCGAUGAGAUGAUGACGUCGGAUGAUGUGUUUUACCCACCAGGGCGUAGACUCAGAAGACAGGCUGCGUUUGAACAUUCAGCCAAUGAAGCUCAUGUAGGAGAGGCCGAGGGCUAUGGACACAUGCCCAAGAAUUUAGCUUCAUCUCUGGGUAUGAAGAUUGGUGAGCGCAACCCAGGAGUCCCAGAGCACAUCGCCUACAGCCCAUAUGGUACUAAAGUUAGCAUGUCAGAAAUAGCCACAAGAAAAAGGAGGAAAGAGAAGAGUGUUGGGGAUGAGGAGGAUAGCCCUGGGCAUUGUGACAGUAGCUGUAGUGGUUCAGUUGAGAUGAUAGGAGACUAUGAGUUUAAACAAGGUAGUCUUGAUGGGUCAAGAGCCACCCCAACAGGAAAAGGCUCCCUUCAGAGUGCUCACAGCCAGUCUGACAGCUUUGAUACCUGUGCCAGCAUGUGCUCUGAGGACAUUGCAUUAUUUCAUGACUCUGAGUGCAGGAAGGCAUCUGGGAAUGUCAUAUCAGUCAUCCAGCACACCAACUCACUCAGCCGGCCAAAUUCCUUUGAGAAGUCAGAGUCUUUUGAGCAGCCAGGAUAUCAGCCUUCAGAUAAAGCUCUAUCUAGCCAGUACUCUGAACAGUCCGACACAGAUAUCUUUGAAGAUGCUCUGAGUCCUGAAUCUGCCCUACUGAGGACAGAGAGCAUGGAGCAGCAGCUGCAAAGCGACAGUGACCUGGCCUCCCUCUCAUCUUCGUCAGCUGCAGCGUCACCUGGCCAGCCUUAUCACAUCCCACACAAGCUAGUGCGACAACCCAACAUCCAAGUUCCUGAGAUCAGGGUGACGGAGGAGCCAGACAAGCCUGAAAAAGAUACAGAAGCUCCAAUAACCAAGGAGCCGGAGAAGCAGCCGCAACAUGUGGAGGAGUUCCAGCUGCCACAAAGGAGUGACACACUCGCCCAGAUGCCAUCGGAAAAGCUCCCACCCAAGAAGAAGAGGCUGCGCCUGGCGGAUAUGGAGCAUUCAUCAGGGGAAUCGAGCUUUGAGUCCACCUGCACCAGCCUGUCUCGAAGCCCCAGUCAGGAGAGCAACCUGUCCCACUCCUCAUCCUUCUCCAUGUCCUUUGACAGAGAUGAAGGCCUCAAGUCCGUCUCGCCCACCAAACAGGAUGACUCGUUGGCAUCUGGUGGUGGCCCUAAGCAGUCGGAGUUCCUGACGGUACCCGGCAGUGGUCAUUCCAGCCACCAGCAGAGGGAGAUGAGGAGGUCUUCAUCGGAGCAGGCACCAUGCACGCUGCCGACAGAGUUGCCUGAAAUGCGCAGCAAAUCAUUUGACUAUGGAAGCUUGUCCUCCUCCAGACAGGGAGAGAUAUACUCCAGUGCCUCUGCAAUGAAGGAUCGCCGGCGUGGAUAUCUUGUCCGACAGGCUUCACUGAGUGUGUAUCCAGAGGCAGUCAUCCAGGAACCAGGGAGUGCUGAGAUGUCAAUCAAACAGGAGGUUGUUGAACAUGGGGCAUGGCCUGGCCCAACAGGAUCCCCCCACAGCAGCAGCGAUGUAACCAGUAGAACCAAGAGAGUUGGCAGUAGCACUGGUGGGUAUCACCACCAGCACCAUCAGCAUCACAUCCAGCAGAGUAUCAGUGAGGACAGCUUGCAGGACGAACCUCUUUUUGUCAGGUCCCAUCAGCAUCGCUUGCAGACCCAGGGCUCUUCAUCUGAGGGAGAAUAUCAAGGCCAUGAGGUCAUGAAUAAGGAAGUAAUCCAGCAGUACCCGAGUGGUCCACCCUACCUUACCUACCAGCAACCCAGUCUGUUCUGGAGUCAGGAGGCCGGUCAGACACCCAGACAGCAGCUGACCCUUCAGGCCCAGCAGCAACUCCAAAAACUCCACAUCAGAUCACCAGGCUCCCUGUCUGGACACCCACUCCACAAACAACAACCACUUCACUCCCUGCAGCAAAUUCAUGAUCAGCAGCCACACAAUGGAAAAUCUGAAAAGCCAAGCUCUCAAAUAUACCCUGCCUCGUUCUCAUCUCGCAACUCUCCCCUGUCCCAGCAACAACAGCAAAACUUUUCUUCUCUUUCCUCCACUGCCUCCAUGCUUCUGCAGCAGGUCCAACCAGUCUUUGCCACCCAGAACCUGGGCUCCCAGUCUUCGCUGCCUGGUAUGCUGGUUCCUGUGCGGAUCCAAACCCAAGUGCCAUCAUAUGGUAGUGUUAUGUACACCAGUGUUAGCCAGAUGUCAGCCAGGCCAGGCGGUGCUGACAACAGCAACAUGUCUCCUCCGGUUGUUGCUGUGAGUGUGAGCAAACCACCUGGAGGAAUUGGAGGAGGCAUAAGUGGGGCAGGUUUCAACCUAUCACACUUCCUCGGACACACCGAUGGUGCAGCGCUGCACUACCCACUCUGGAAUGCUCCAGAUUCACUACCAGAGCAACGCCUGAACACAGGGAUCCCAUUGUCACUAACAUCAGGCACCAUAUCCACCACAGACGCCUCAGGAUCUGGCGUCGGAGGCAGCAAGCGCAUGCUUUCCCCCGCCAGCUCUCUGGAGCUCUUCAUCGAGACUAAGCAGCAGAAGAGAGUGAAGGAGGAGAGGAUGUAUGGACAGAUUGUUAAGGAGAUGAGUGCAGUGGAGCUGAGUGGAACCGAAAGCGGUAACAAGCCUGAGAAGAGGCAGGGCAGAGGUCAGCGAGCGCGUCUGAAGAGCGAGGGCUCCAUGGAUGACUCUGAAAGGAUGUCCUCUUCUCCGCCACUAAGUGACUUCCCUGUUGCCACCAAGAUUGCCAUUCCUGUCCGUUCCUCUGCCCCCCACCUUACUGAUGUUCCUCGGGCCGAGAGCUUCACUCCUCCUCUCCAGAUCGUCACAGACCGCUCCCCAGUUUCAGGUGGUCGGGACUCCCCAGAGGAGCUUGAUGUGGACGACUCAGUCCCGGAGCCCAGCUCCAGCCCCCAGUCAAUGGUUGCCUCCGACGAUGCAGAGGACACUGACAACCCAAAUCAGCCUGCUCCCAGUAAAAUCCCUGUCAGCAUACUGGUUCAGCGAGCAGCCAACCAAAGCGCAGUAUUACCUGGAGCAGCGGGUCAACCUCUGCUACUCACGGAUGUAGCUGACGUUCAGCAGUACCUCCAGUUCCCAAGCCUGCGCAAUAUGAGCAGGGUCAGCUGGUGUUUCCUGAACUACACAAAACCCAACAGUACCCAAACUGCCUUGCAUAGCUCCGUCUACAGCUCGUGGUGUGUAAGCUCAUACAACCCCAAUCCUCUGAACCUCAGCACCAAGGCUGCGCUGGCCCUGCUGAGGUCCAAACAGAGGAGAAACACCGAUUCUAUGUACUCAACUGCAGCCAUGUCGCCACCCAGCUCUGGAAAGUUGGUGUCAUCUGUGGCCUGGAAGCUGAGGUUUGAUCAGUUGAAACCAGAGCUGAUGCCAGUUGAUGCCAGUAAUUUCGGGAGGAAGAUGAAGGGAGUGGUGUCGUGGGACCGUUCAAAGGAGGAGCAGGUGGAAAAAGAGGUCUCGGUCAAACAGCCCGCCACCGAACCGACCCGCAUUAAGAUCUUCGAAGGCGGGUAUAAAUCCAACGAGGACUAUGUUUACGUUCGUGGUCGCGGUCGGGGGAAAUACAUCUGCGAGGAGUGCGGCAUCCGCUGUAAGAAACCCAGCAUGCUGAAGAAACACAUCCGAACGCACACCGACGUCCGGCCGUACGUCUGCAAGUUCUGCAACUUCGCCUUCAAAACGAAAGGAAACCUGACGAAGCACAUGAAGUCUAAGGCUCAUAUGAAAAAGUGUCUGGAGUUGGGAGUCUCCAUGUCUUCUGUUGAGGACACUGAGGCGGACGAAGGAGAUGUCGGAGAGGAAGGCCAGAGGACAGAGAAGAUGUCCAGAGGCUCCAUGGCGGACCACCAGUUCUCAGACGCCGACGACUCAGAUGGCGGAGAGGACGACGGCGACGAGGUGGACGACGACGAUGAUGAAGAAGACGACUAUGACGGCGACUCCACCCCGAAGACCCGUUCGCGCUCCACCAGCCCGCAGCCCUACAGCCUGCCCUCCAUGUCCAUCACAGCCAUGGCCUCCUCCUACCCGGCUCCUCACCUUUCUCAUCACUCGGCGUCCGACCUCCUGGGCAACACCAACAAGCCUCCGCUGUUCGGCUACUUCACCACGGUACCGAGCAUCCAGAUCACUCCGCAGGCGCUGCCCAGCGACCACGGCCAGACGGCGUACCACCGAGGCCUGCAGAGGGCGCUGGGCAGCAGGCUGCUAGCUCCACCCUCCUCCUCCUCCAUGGACGAUGACCUCCCCGUCCCAUCCCCGGACCUCUCCUCCCCGUCCUCCCGCCUGUCUUCACCCGGGCUGGACCACUCCGGCUGCCCGUCCCCGAUCUCCCCUUCCUCCUCACCUUCAGCACGCCGAUACCUCUCCCCGCGUCGCGACCUCUCACCCCGCGCCAGACACCUCUCACCCCGACGGGAUCUCUCUCCUCUUCGUCACAUCUCACCGAAGAGGGACCUGGGGGUGGGAGGGGGAUACAGGCGAGACCUCUCCCCCAGGAGGGGACACCUCUCGCUGCUCUCCCCUCUCUCUCGGCCCACGUCUCCGGCGGGAAGAGACUACAAGCGUGACCUUUCACCACGAGGCCGCCACAGGGCGAUGAUCCGGCCUGUUUCACCUCGCCGAGGCCUCCACCAACACCUCCACCACCAAAGCCAGCAGAGUGGAUCGCGGGGCCUCAGGACGGGUCACCAGGGUGGCGUGCUGGGUCAGGCGGAGCUGGGACGACGCCGAACCAGCUCGGAGAUGGAAACGGAACAUUGUCUGGUCUCAUCGUCAGCAGGGGAACGGGACCAGUCCAGCCCACCUCACCAAGUCCUGUUCAGCCACCUCCCUCUUCACUCCCAACUCCAGGUGCGUUCGCCGUUCCCAAUGAUCCCCAUCGGAGGGAUCCAGAUGGUACACUCCCUCCCCACCUCCGUCACCUCCCCUCUGGGCCAGCAGGCGGCGCAGCAGAGCGUGUCCCGCCUGCUGCUGCAGAAGAGCACAUCGGAGGACUCCACCACCAGCGAGGCCGCCUCCCCUCAUUUCACCUCCUUCCCUGAAAGGGGAGCUCGAGGAGGAGGAGGAGGAGGCGAGAGGCUGAGGGAGUCGACUUCCCCUCACCCCUCAUCGCAGGAGAGGGAAGGAGGAGGAGGAGGAGGAGGAGUGAGGCGGGAGCAGGAGGAGAGCAUCCAGACCUGCACCAAGGCCAUCGCCUCGCUCUGCAUCGAGUCGGAGGAGCUCGCUGAGCGAGGAGGAGGAAGAACUUUUUCCUCUCCCUCUGCGUCGUCCCACGACUCCCAACAUCCGCAUCGCUCGCCAUCCAUCUCCAUGUCGCCGCCAUCUCCUCACCCUUCGCUCUCUCCCCCACAAGGUCCCGGGAUUCAGCACUUUAGCGGCCUGGAGGUCAGGCCUCACCACCCGUCAAUCCCCGCCUCCCCUCACCCCUCCUCCCCCUCUCCCUCCUGCUCCUCAUCCUCCUCCUCAUCCUCCUCCUCCUCCUCUCCUCACCCUCACAGCCCCGCACCGGAAACCCUCCAUCCUCCAACAGCGUCCAGACUUCUCAAGCCGGAGAGAGACGGGGGAGCAGAAAGCACAAAGAGAAGCAGAGACGUGUCGUAGGGCUGCAGGCGGAGAACACGAGCAGGAGGAACGAUGGAUUUCAUUUCUGUUUUUGGAUAAUAGGAAGGGAUGAAGAGCAACAGGGAGAGGAAAAACAUGACUUUUGCACACACAUAUUCUACUUCAGUUUAUACAUACAAACACUCUCUCUCUCUCAACAUGAACACAAAUACAUGCAUACAAAGACAAACAGCUAUGGUCAAAAUACAAAACGGACUAAAACACAAAUGGACUUGUGCAGUUGUAAUGUUUGUGUGCAGCAUGGCUGCUCUAACCGGGGCCUGCUCUCUUAUUUAAGGACUCUGAGAGAGGAUCUGCAUUUGGUCACACAUGUACGGUGACUCCCACCAACACGAGCCCGACCAAAAUCUGCUCGAAUAAAUUAAAGGACUGUGGUUUAAGCGGUACGUUAAAGAGAAAAGUUUAAAAAAGAAGAAAUCUGACAGCUACGUGUGUGCCUUUUCUUUCAUCUGUUUUUGUUUGUUUGUCUUUUGCUUAUAUUCUUAUAAGCAAACAAAGCAGGAAGGUAAAUGUAAAUACAAUACUAUCACGUAUCAGCUUUGUAAUAAAUGCAAUCCCUCCCCCUCUCCUCCCCCCUUUACUCCCCCCUCUCCUCCCCCUCCCUCCUCCCCCCCUCUCCUCCCCCUCCUCCUGUGUUUCUUUUCUUUUUGGACACCUUAAAGUCUCGACAAGCGAUGUGAAGUUAUGGAUAUUACUAUUACGUACGGUUGCACUAAAACAUAUUUUUAUAUGAGUGAAAUUUUAAAAAUGGCUUUUUUUGUGUACAGCAGCAGUUCUAUAAUACUAUUUAUUAUUGUUACCAUGUUUCAUAAAUUGUACAUUUUUUCUUAAAUGUCGUGGAAGCCUUUUUCUACGUAGAGCACACGGGGGUUUUGCUACGGCUUACGUUAGGGCGAGGAUAUGUACACUGUAAUAUGGCUUUAUAUGUUAGACCUAUUUAUAUACGUCUGAGUGAGCCCCCUCUACUUGGAGCUAUAUACACAUAGAAGUAAGAUUUAGCAGAAUAUUUACCCAGCAUAUGAAUACAGUAUAUAGAAUCUAUCAACCUGUCUCUCUAUCUAUCUGUCUAUCUAUCUAUCUGCACUUAACAUUUAGAAUGACAUUCACAUUAAGGUUAUGGUAGUUUGCUUGUACAUUUUCUCUGCUGCUCUUUGCCUCCUUGUCCCUGGUUGUGAUUUGAUCUUGUUUUUUAUUCACUUUUCGUGGUAUUAUUUCCCCUUUUUGUUUUUUUUGUACGAUACACAGACUUGCUCUCAGCAUUAAGUGAAUGAACAUGCCUUCUGCAUUGCGCCGUGGCAUUCUGCUCAAUUGUUGUUGUGUUUUUUUUAACCCACACACUGCCCCCUCCACACACACACACACGAAUAUCGAUGUGAUGCAGAUUUCAAAGUAGCCCCACUUUCUGAAGAACAACUUGAAUCCUGUUUUAAUCGCCGGAUACCUGAACGGGGAAAACAUUCCAGUCCAUGUAAAUAUUCAGACCCCCCCCCCGAACACACAUUUUAUUUUGGCAUUGAUGCACAUUGUGGCAAUCAAGCCACCGACACGCUUAUUUAAUGGCUUUAUUUUUUAGGGACGCGUAUACAAACAGACACCAAACUCUCUGACAAAUGCACCUUAUAUUUAGAACCUCUGCUAUGAAAGGUCCCGGCACUCUGAUCCGCUGUUCUUCUUUUUGCAGCAAACUUUGAUUGAGAUGGACGUGUUUAGAAGGAGAACUGUUCUGCACUCUGAACCCCAAAACUGUCAAAAAAAAAAAUGAAUCCUAAUAAUACAUUUUACUGGUUGUGACAUUGAGGCUUUUUCUGCACUGCUUUUUAUUUUUUUUAUUGUAUUUGACCCUUCUGCGACCCCUCCUCCUCUCCUGGACAUCCCUUUUUGUAGCUAAGCAAUAUUUAGCCAAAACUCUGCUCACCAGCGGGGAGUGUGUAUUUGUUGCAAGGCAACAACAAGCGUUCUUAAAAAUCCUAAAAUCAGGACGAGGAGGGACGGCUGGAGGACUUUUGUGACAGUUUUGGGCGGAGUCGGGCCGGCUGCAAUGUGAGUGUGUAUCUCUGUAUUCUGUAUCGGUGUGUAUUCAGACCAGUAUAUCCUCUUCUUACGACUUUUUUCUAUUUUGGAUCCUCCCUCUGUUAUGUACACUUAUCAUGACGACAAUGAUGUCUUUAAAAAAAGUCUCUCUCUCUCUCUCUCUCUCUCUCUCUCUCUCUCUCAAAGAUAUCAAAGCACAAGUCAUUGUAUAGAAAUGACAACGAUACAAAAAGAAAAAGGACAAAAAAAAAGGUAAACGUGCAUAUAAAAGGGUAACUUUUGUGAUGAUGUUCUGUGGAAUUAAUACAUAUAUCAUGUAUGACCCCAGUUGCAACAAGGAAUCGCAGUAGAAGUGGAAAAAAUGGAUUGUUGUUUUCAAAUAAAUAUGAAUAGAAUAAUG